GAAAACCAAAAAUUAUGACAAUGACAGUUGAACGUGAGAUGUCGUCUGAUUUGUUUUUUCAAAAUUAUAUUUCAAAAUGCUUAAAAUGAAAAUAAUUUGAUGAAGUGACUGUGUUUUGUUUGAAUUAUGUCUACUAGAUCACAACUCACAAAGGAUUUAAAUGAAAGUAUUAAAUCUUCAGUUGGAAAUAAAGUGAAGAUUCUAUUCAAAAAUGUGGUCAGAUUGGAGACUAAAGGAGAUAAGACUGAGAAUAGGGUGUUGGUGUUUUCACCAUGCAGAAUUUUACUGCUCACAGCAAAAGUGCCAACAAAAAUCGACUCUCACUUCCAUUACCUGGAAAUCCAAGCGUUGGAGAGCAAAAGAGGCAAUCAGCUAAGUCUUACUGUAAAUGAUAAGGUGUACUCAUUUUUGGUUGGCGAAGACUCAAAAUGCAGCACAGAAGUUGACAAUAUGAUAGGAGCCUUGAAUAAUGCAAUCAGAAAUAUAUUUCCGACAGUGCCGCUACAACACAUAAUAAGAAAAAUUGAAGUAAUACCUCACACAAGGCUUCAACAACUCCGUGAUUUGGAAGCUAUAGCUAGCAGUCGCAGAGAAGUAGGACCAUGCGGGGGCUUCUCCAACCAGUAUGCAUGUAUGUGCGACUUUCAUGGCAUGACUUACAGAGAAGAAGUUGCCUGGGACAUUGAUAAUAUAUACGUAUCUCUCAACACGAGAGAGCUCAGUCUUAAAGAUUUUGAAUACCUAGAUCAGAAAGACCUUGUCCCUAUUAUAAGUGCUCUAGAAUACAACACUUGGUUCACGAAAUUGAGGGCCAAUCAAGUGAAACUUUCUCAUGACAACAUUGAUAGGAUUCUUCAUGUUUUAAGAAAAUCCCUCAACUUAGAAGAGAUUUACCUCGACAAUUUAGGAUUAAAGUCUGAUUUUUCGAACAAGUUAUCUGGCGUUUUGAAGCUUAAUUUAGGCACAGCUCUGCAUACCAUAGACUUAUCAUUCAAUCCAAUUGAAGACAAAGGUGCUACAUAUUUGGGAAAUUGCAUUCCAAAGCUCAAUAAGGGUCUAGUCCAUUUGAAUUUGUCCCAUUGUGGUUUGAGCUCAAAAGGUGUCAAUAAUUUAUUUAGCGCUCUCUGUAAUAAUUCUAGCUCUCUGACAACUUUAACUUUCCUCAAUUUGAGCGGAAAUAACUUGAAAGAUGAUAUUACUCAUUUUCAUAACUUUUUAUCCCAGUCGAAUGCUCUACAACACAUUGAUAUAUCAUCCACGGAUAUUAUUUUAGAAAAUUUAUUUGGUGCUUUAGUUCGCGGCUGUACAACUAACUUAGUCCACUUGAACAUUUGUCGAAAUCCUUUUAGUAGUAAGAAACAUAAAGAAGCUCCAAUAUCUCUCAAGCAAUUCUUCAGCUCUACGCUUAACUUGAAGUAUCUCAACAUGUCACAUUGUAAAUUACCACAAGAAGCACUGAAGAACUUAUUGUUGGGAUUGGCCUGUAAUGAAUUUACCAAAGAAAUGACUUUAGAUAUAAGUAAUUGUGGACUCGGUAGUCAAGGUGCACAUGUGUUAGAGUCUUGUGUGCAUGGAGUUAGGUGUAUUUCUAGUCUUGAUAUUUCUGAAAACAACAUGGAUUCGGAUUUAUGCAACGUAGUGAUAGCGAUAAGCAAAAACAAGUCCCUCAGACACCUGAACAUGGCCCGUACGAUGAAGAAACACAUGUCCCUCAUCAUGGACUCAGUAGUGCAGAUAGUGCAAGACGACGAAUGCCUCUUGCAGUCCCUCGCCAUUCCCGACUGUCGAUUGCGCUCCGAUCUAUUCAAUCUCCUGAACGCCCUUGGCGACAACAAAUCCUUGGAGACUCUCGACAUCAGCGGAAACCUGAUUGGAGACUCGGGCGCAAGGCUGCUAGCGAAAGCCUUGCAGAUCAACAACAAGCUGAAAACCAUAGUGUUCGAUAGGAACAACAUAACGUUCCAGGGGUACUAUGAUAUCGCGUACGCGCUUGAGAGCAACCGCACUGUGCAGUAUAUGCCUUACCCAAUUUACGACAUAACGCCCUGUAUGAAGGCCAACGCUGAGAGGACUGAGUUGCUCAUGCGCAAGAUACAGGAUCUGUUGAAUCGCAACGUUUCUUAUAAGCAACAGUUGCUCAACUCGUUUCCUAUGCAGCCGGGCUUCCUUCUGACCUCCAAGCAACAGGCUUUGGAUCGUUUGGUGCAGCAGACGCAAGAAGCGAUCAAGAGUCUGGCCUCAGAUUCGAUGUCUUCGAACAAUGAUAUCAAUCAUGCCACUGGGGUGAUUCAGGACGCUGAGAAUUCGAAGCAGCUGUUGGUGAGGCUGCAAGAAGUGGCUCAGCACAGGGACGAUAAGCAUCCCAAUCCUGUGGAGGAUAAGCUGCAGCAGGCGGCUGCGGAAAUACAUACUAGUAUUUGUGAUUACAUUCAGGCUACCACUGAGAAAAUGUUGAAGUGUUGUAAAGAGCAGUGUCCUUAUGUUCUGCAUGAUGAAGAAACAGUUCAAGAAAUCAAGAGAGAAUGUAAAAAAAAGAAACAAAUUCCUUUGGAUUUUGUUACAACUUGUAUAAAACAGCAAUCUGGUGUUGAUAUUAUGAAUAGAACCAGAGAACUCAAUAUAAUGGUGGCCUCUCAGUUAUCAGAACAAGUGACUGAUGAGGUGUACGAGGCUUUAAUGAGGAGUUACAAAAUACUAGUAGGAGAUGAAAGUGCAAUAAGAAUUGAUUCGCCUCCGAGAAGGUCUAGGUUAAGUAGUUCGGACAGUUCCAGACAUGGCGCCAGUGAUAUUUCCAUAACGGAUAGUAGCCAUCAGUCUGAUCAUUCGCCAUUGGCGACCCCACAUUUGUCAAUAAAACGAAAAAGCCUGCACGGCAGAAAACUACGGCCUAAAUCAGUUGUCGACAGCGUGGAAGGUAUAUCGGCAGACGACAUUCCCUCUUUGCUUCCCUCGCUGCCUGGCAACUCCGAGGAAGAAGAUUCCGUCACGGAAUUGCCCAAUGCCGGUGGUCAGCUGCAACACUUAGUCAAAGGAAUUUUCUUGAAUAAAGGCCGCCCUCGAAGGACCAAGACGCGAGCCCCGACGCGGCCUGCCGUCAAGCCGCCCGACGACGCCGACUCGGUGUCGCAGGACCUCGGCGAGGGCCUCGACACGUUCUUCCGGCCCGGCUCCGUCACCCCGACGUCGGACGACUGCGGCUCAGGCCGCGCGGCUGCCAGCCCUAGCCACGACUUUGCGUCGCCCACGCUCAGCGAGGAGAGGAGGACGGUCAAGUUGAGCAGGAAUUCGCCGCUUCUCAGAGGCCUCAUGACCCCCACCCCGCGAUCAAGGUCCUCUGACAACCUGGAGAAGUUCUCGCCGUCCUUCCUACGGAAGGCGGCCGUCGAUUCCACAGUGUCGCCAUUGACGAGGCGACUGACAGGUGACAGCGUCGCGUCGCGGGACAGCACCGACAGCCUGACGGUCGGCUCGGGCGGCGACGGUUCGCCGGGGGGCAGUCUUGGCAAAGUGGUCGCUACCGACGGAACUAAAGAUGAACUGAAGACGAAGAUCUGCCCGAUCGUCGCCUCGAAGCCCCGACCAUGGUCGAUGGUCAACUCGGACGCGAAAUCGGGUGAUUCGGGGCUUCUGAGCGACGGCUCCUCUCCCAACAAUUCCACGGGCAACACGCCCGACUCGGCCGACGCCCUUGACAGUUCUGAGUCGUCGUCGAUCGAUCGACGUCUGGCGAAAGACGUCAAAGUGAAGAGGACCGGCAUUUUGCAGCAUUAUUUUCCAGAUCGUGGUGAUUUCAAGUUUUUGUCCCGUUACAAGGGGACUAAUAAACAGGGGAACACUAUGAACAACGUUGAGAGAAGGGACAGCAAUUAUAAUUGUAGGGAAACUGAGGAUGCACACAUUAGUAGAUGAUAAUACUCAGUUAAGGAAAACAGGUACUUUUUCUAGGAAUGAUCUCAUUAGAUUGAGUAUCUUAUUCUUGUUGUAUUUUUGUUACCUUGGCUUUCAAAGUAGGCAUCUAUUUUCAAACAAAAAAGUAAGAUUUUUUAAUUAGUAAGUAUUGAACAUUCUGGUCUGCCACAUUUUUAUAUAGGAACAAAAUUAUUUUUUAGAAUCACAUAUAUUAACAAAAUUCGACUCUAUUAUACUACUGAGAUUUAUGCACACCUUAAAUUCGAGUUGACACAGAUGUUAGAUUGUAAGCUUCUUCAUAGGUGGUGAAUAUUUUCUAUUAUCAAAUGGAAUUUACAAUAAUAAUUAAUGGUGCCAGUCAUUUCUUUGGAUGAUCCAGAUUUUUAUACAUUGAUUUUGAGAGGUGUCAAAACUUAAAUGGAUAGUUUGAAAAAAAAUUCAUGUCACGUCUUGGAAAAUUCAAUAGUAGUUUACCUAACAUGUGGGGAAAUAGUAAUUUAUGUAACAAGUCCAGAAAAUACUGUUUUUUUGGACGAGUAGACAAAAUUCUAGGUCGAGUUGUAGUAUAUACACUGUUCUAUACCUCUCAAAUUCGUUGUUUGAAAAUCAGGAUCACCCUGUGUAUUGAUUUACUUUCAAACUAAAAGAUUAUCCUAAAUGAUUGCAGACUCUUUCUAUUCAGGUCUACUGCUAUAGCUAUUCACCUUUAAGUUAGGUGUGAUUUGUGAAUAAAAUGAAUAAUUCAAUGUUUGAAGUUCUUCAACAAUUGAAAGUUGAAAAUUCUAUCUUUUUUUGUAUGGAACAGUCAGAUUGUGAUUCGAAUUUUUCAGAUUUCCUUCUGAAAUCCACAUAUUUCCAGACUUCCAGGAUAUAUUGAUAUACAUAUUUAAAUUCUUCCAAUAUUUUCUAAUCACAAGUAGUUUCAUUCCAAUUUUGCCAUAUUAUUUAUUAUUAUAUGGAUUUAGAAUAUUACAGUUAUAAAUAGUAUUAGUUAUGACAAAAAAUGAAGUCUAGGAAAAACUUAAAUGUAAGAUUUUUUGUGAUAAUUUGAUUUUAAUGUGUUUCAUUCCCCAACUUAAUGAUUCCUACAGUCAUGGAAGAAGAAAAAAUGUAAAUAACUAUUAUUUUUUUAAUGUCAAUUUUGUAAUGGUAUAUUUGAACAAAAAUUUUAUUUUUCCCUAUUUGUGUUUAUUGUAUUGUAUUAUACAACUUUUUUACACCUAUAUCAAAAUGCUUCCAUUUUGUGUAAUCUUAUUUAUACUUUGAAUGAAAGUAUUCAUUAUUUUCAACAGUGGUUUUAUUUUAACAAAUAGGAAUGACAAAAAAUGUGUGUGUACCUCAAUUUGGUUCAAUGUACUGUGUACAAUCAGUACAAUAUUUGAGAAUAUCAUCUUAUAAAACUCCUCCUAACUACACUUUGUGUACAUUUGAUGAAAUACAACAGAGUUGGAGAAGAGAAUUAUGAUCAAAAUGUUUCUUGUUGGUGAACAUAUAUAUACAGAUAUGGAAAAUAUAAUAUUCAUGGAAAUUAAAUAAAUAAAACUAAUAUACUGUAAGGUACAACAGUAUUUGGUCUUGGCACUGUUCUAGUUUAAAAUUUAUCAAUUUCAUGAUAUAAACCAGAGUAUAUUAUUAUCCAGGU